AAAGUCGUCUCAUUUAUUCAGUCAAAGUCACCUCUCCUUCCUGUAAUGUAUUUUUGUGUGUAGCUAAUUAAGCUCUGGACUGUGACUAUAUAUAUGCAAGUAAAGGAAGAAUGAAACCCACAAAAUUAACUCCUCCGAAAAGGUGAUACUUGUGACUACUAUCUAAAUCUAAGAGCACCAUGCAGCAGCCUAAAGUCCAGAUACAACCCAAAGUUCCUGGAGAAUGGAAUACUUCACUCUGGGGGUGCUUUUCUAAUUGCGGAAACUGUAUCGCCACACUAUGUUGUCCGUGCAUUACAUAUGGACAGAUUGCCAAUAUUGUAGACCAAGGAAAGACUUCUGUUUUUAGUGGGGGGAGAAAUUACGCAAUACUUAUGUACUUUACAUGCGGAUGCUGCUUGUAUUCUUGCUUCGCCCGUUCGAAGCUGAGAUAUAUGUUCAAUUUACCUCCAUCUCCCUGCGGUUGCGCAGACUGUUUGGUUCAUACUUGUUGCGAGCCAUGUGCUUUAUGUCAAGAGUACCGUGAGCUCCAGAGUCGUGGAUUUGACAUGGCCGUCGGAUGGGAUCUAAACACGUCCCAGGCUGGCAGUACUAGUGUUCAUGCACCUGUAAGUCAAAUGAUGCAGGGUCAGAUGACGAACAAUCAACAGAAUUAUAAUUAUCAAAAUGCUGGUUACAAUAAUCAGAACAUGAAUCACCAGAAUGCACCUCCGAAUCAAACGAUGGGUCAGAAUGAUGCUUAUAAUAACCAGAAUGAGUAUCAGAUUAAUGAUCCUCAAGAGCAAGUACAGUACUGAUCGAGCAAAUUAUCUGCGGGAAGAUCACCCAGUGUAUAAAUGAAUAUAUUUGUGCUUCAUGCUUGGUACAAUUUCAAGCCUGACUAUCAAAUGCUUGGCUAUACGAUGUUGUUGUUGCUAAGUCGUUGUGUGAGAUUUUUUUUAUCUAAAAUUGGUACGACUUUUGUAUUUAAGUAGUGAAAUUUGCAUUUUGUUAUUGUUUAGAGCUCAGUUCUGAGUUUGUAAAGUACUAUUUAAAUUUAAUAUGCCUUUUCAUUUCAGA